ACCGAUGCGCGCGCCGCUGCCGGCAGCCGACGACAACAAACACUCCAGCCACUCCAGCGCAGUGCGCACCUAUGCGUUCAUCUAGCUAGAACUGCGGUGCCUACGUGCCAGUCGGACCAAUCAGCCGCCUCCCUAUUAUCAUCUGAUCCGACCCUCGGCGUGUGAUCAGCAGUGAUCAGCAUGUGAUCAGUGUGAUCACGUGGCAAACAAAAGAACGCAUGACUGGUCCAACGAGGACGUAGGUUCCGUCGCAGUCUCAGCUUAAGGGUGAACAGAGCGGCCAGCGCCAACCUGGAGCACGCCUGGCACGCCCGCACGCCGACUAGGCGAAUCCUGCCUCCGGCCUUCCGACGCCGUGGACACCGCCAGCACCAGCGUCGCGUUGUCGGCUGUGUCCGUGUGUUGAGUGAGCGCCGUUUUGCGCCCACGAGCAGCGAGAUACCACAAAUGGGUGUGUUUGUCCGUGUCCGCCGUGUGGAAGUGUAGGUGUCAGACGUGGAGCUUACCGUGCUGCGUUUGUUUUCUUUCCUUGAGACGUAUCCCGAGUUCGUUCGGUUCUGCGGAUAGUCGAGGAUUUCCGAAACAUGAAGCGAUACCGCCGCCACCUGUUUUUCUGCCGUUGCCGCUGUGCCCAGUGAACGCUACGCUGGCGUGACCCCGGACCCCGAGAGAUUGUUACGCUGCAUAUGUGCGUUAUGUAGUCCGGUGCAGUGUACGAAAACAGCAAGAUGGAUUUGAGAGACGCUGAGUACCGACCACUAUUUGGCGGGCCAGUCGACAGGCCACUGUUUGAUGAGAGCAAUGUGCGGGAACGAAGGAUACAUGUGCUCAUAGCAAUCUUCACUGUAAUCUUGGUGCUGAUUACCCUUAUUCUAGCAUUCUUCUACUCUGUCCACCCACCCUGCGGGAGGCACAUAUACUUUGCCCUCUGCAUCCUCUGCCUGUGUUUUACACAUGUUAUCUUGAUCCACUGGUACCGGGAGGGAAACGUUCUGGAUCCCAAGUUCAGGAAACUCAUUUAUGCCAACACUGUGAUCAUAGUGUUGUUCUGUAUUUCUGCAAUAUCCUAUUUUGUGGAGGGCUGCUCUGGCAAAGCUUGACCAAAGCAGGCAGCCGGAAAGUCCAGAGAUUACCGGUGUGUUAUUGUUCUGCAAAGAUGUUGAAGAGCACCCAGGGUUGGAUACUGGACUUGUGUGUACUUGAGCCAGCAACAGACAGCCUCCUGAAACAAAAGCUGCACACUCAACCCCCGUGGAAUCUUGGGGACCAUAUAGUCUCCAGUAACAUGAAAGACCUGCUCGGAGCAUAUGGCCGAAAAGUGCGGUGCUCGGUGCGGACAGUUCUAUAUUGCUUCGAGAGCGUGCGUUGAUGAUAAACAUUCUCUUCCCCCGAAGCUACAUGGAGUUGCCCAAUGCAAGAGCAUCCCCCUGCCCCUUUCUCCCACCAGCCGCAAUCUUGGCUACACUCAGUUCAGUCUUUCAUAUUGCUGCAGACUACAUUCCUGGUGCCUCUAUUGCAGUUCUUUUAAUCAGAAGGUAGCACUCAAGAGUUCCUGUUGGUGUUUAAAAGUGUGAGGGACUUGCCAUGGGAGUUUUCAUCAUGAACAGCACCAGUCAUGUUUUUACUGUUGUGUAUAGAUUAACUCGAAUGUCAUAGGUAAAUAUUUUGAGGCUGCAAGAAUGUCACAGAUGCCAUUGUUUACCUAAUACCUCAUCUCCCAGACUAAAGUUGCCCCGGUGCCGGCUUUUUCUGCAUGGUUUACUGUGCUAAUUUGGUAUGUGUGCAUUCUGCUUUUUAUUUUACUGCACAGAGUUUUUGUUUGUGGAUUGUGCCAUUUGUUAGAGUAGUCUUGUGCACAGCAAUCACUGGUUGCUGUAUUAUUAAGGGAAAUCAAUGUUACAGAAUUCAAUCAAGUGGUAAGAAUUGUGCUGAAGAAUUUUGAGUGGGUUUGGGAAGGGGUCAUUUUGGCUACUUUGUGUAGUUACAUGGGCAUUGCAGUAUGAUGACACGACGCAUAAUAACAAUUUUGUUUUCAUUGUCGCUGCAGAUGUUAUGAAAGAAAAGAUGACACCUAUAGAUAUUGCCUGUACAAACCACUUUUUCAUUAUUUUGUGCAUGGUUACAGAUAAGACGGAGUGACCCAUGUUAUGUAGCUGGUAUGAUCUUGCUGUACAAUAAAUACAAAUAUGGGGAAAAUUCUGCAUUUCCAAGAGUUCAAAAAUAAUUUUAUGUGGACCAUAUAUGUACACUGUGUUUUAAGAAUUGAUGUAAUAAAUUUGGUCAAAUCUA